UAACGGCUAGGCGGUAACUAUGAUAAGUGAAAGAAAAAUUUCAGCGUCAACUCGAGUGAGAUUAAGAAAUUUCUGCUAAUUUUGACUAUUGAAGUUGUUUACAAGUCAUCAAAAUGAACGACUGUCCUGUAGGAGUAUUAGUUGAGUUCAACACAACUGAUACUGACCUGUCAUCUCCUUCUACAUUUGAGACCUCUCUAACCAAAGAAUCUCCAGCUAAAGACAGUAAAUGCAUGAUGGGAAAUAGGAGAAACACUGAUGAUGUUACCUUCUUUGGCCUGCAAGGAAGAAAGAUAACGUCAGAACUUAGUAUGAAUGGAGUAAUUAACAGGUCACCCUUGUGUGAAAAACUUCUAGACAUUACAGAAAAUGAAUCAGAUAAAGAAAGAGAAACGUAUCAAAUUCAUGGUAAACAAAAUUAUACUUUGGAAGCUGAGUGUAAAAAACAAAGUCGAAGUAGUGAGUCGUCACACUUGUGUUGCUCUGAUGAAAAUGGUUUGCAGAAAGGUGCUGCGCACUGUUAUCAGACGAAAACUUUUCAAAAUUGUUUGCCCAAUAAAACUAAAGCCGUUCAUGGAAGCUCCUCGAGUUCUAGCAAAUCCAACCUUACUGCUGUAAAGAGUGGUUCGUGGAGUCCCUCUAUGAUUGGUAGAGAGGAAGAGCUUCUGGAGAAUGAAACUUUUGACUUUGAUAUUUCUAUUACGCCACCUGGUUCACUUGGAAUUGGCGAAGAUGAUGUUUUCCAGGUGUUGAAUGAGCAGACAAAUGAGAAGAAAGUUUCAAAGAAAGAUGAAAUUGUCUUUAAAGAAUCAGAUGCAGGCAAGAGCCUAUCGUACAUAGAUAUUUCAUGUUCCCUUUCACUGGAGGAAGCUGUUAAAGUAAGAAACGAGGCAUCGAAUUUAGUUCAUCGUUUGUCUCUAAAAGAAAAUAGAACAGAUGAAAAGAACACAAACAAUAGUGGCACUGAUUUUUCACCAGGCUUCGUAAAUCUGCAAAAGAAGGAGGAGUUGAUAACUUCGGGUAAAAGUACUGGAACUUAUCGAAGAAGAAGAUCUCGAUCAAUUGCUUCACAAACAAAUGAUGCAGCCUCAAAGGACGAUGAUUUACCUAACACGAGAAACGAAUUAGAAGGUGCAUACUCUAGAAAAGUUUUUACCCAUAUUGAAUCAAUAGAAGACAAACAAAAGUAUUUAGGUCGAGCUAACCAGACUAAGAAACCACAAGGAAAGGGUAGGGCUGCCAACAGAAGAGGAAACAUUAAUCUUAGAUCAAGACCUUCAACUGCAAAAAGUGUCCAAGAUAAAUAUGAAACUAGAGAGAGAAUGGCUUCAAACCAGGUUGACAAGGAUUCUGAAGUAGCAAAAAAAAGCAUAUCCGUGCCCUUAGGCGAGCAUAUUAAUACCUCCACCACGACAUCAGCAAAGACGAAUCUCAAACCUAAAAUUCCCUUCGUAAAGAGCAGUACUCCAAUCUGUAGAGCAGCUAAUACCAGUGCUAAUUUGUCCAAUAGAAAGAUUGCAUCUGGACAGAUGUCUUCAGAAAAAAGCAAAACUGAAACAUCAUUGAGCAACUCGCAAGGAUCAAAGGAGUCUGUUUCUUAUUCCAAGUCGAGAAAUGCAACAACAUCCGGAUUAAAAACCCCCAAUUCACUGUCAAGAUAUCAUAGCAGUUCUGGGUCUUCAGCGUCAUCCCUGUCCAGUUCUUCAUUUCUUCCUCGUAAGUCGAGACUGCCGAGAGCAUUAUGUUCAGACGAAAACUUAUCGAGAGACCAACUCCCCGUGAAACCUCAACUUGGCCAAACAACUAGCAAGGCCAGAGGUGGAAGACCUGAUCUGAAACAACCAAUCACCGCCGAGAUAUCAGAGACUAAACUUCACGGAUCAAAAGCCUCGGGAACAUUGAAACGUGCUCCUUUGAAAGCCAUAGUACCCAUAUCACAGAUGAUUAGGCCAGGAGGUCAGAGAAUUAAUAAAAUAAGAAACACCAGUAAUCCCAAUCAAAAAGCUGAUAGUUCUUACAAAACCGUAACAAGUGUGCAUCGAACAAGUAGCUUUCCUGGUUUUGGCAUUCUUACUCCAUCUUCGAAGAUCCUUGACAUAUCUUUGUCUUCCCCUGCUCUGACUUCAACUCCAAGUAAAUCAAAGCUGACUUCACAUUCUUCCAGUCCGUUAACUUCUCGGACCAAUAAAAAAGGGAAAGUUACUGGACUUCCAGUGUCUUCUCAACUGCAGUGUUCUAAACCAGUCAUCAUUUAAUGUAGAAUAAAUUAUUUAAUGAAGUCAAAGUAUAUACAAGUAUCACUUUAUUUCUAUAUUAUUAAUACUAUCUACGUGUAAAUUUUAGAAUAAAUAGCUAGUAUAUGAAUGGUUCAGAACAUUCUGUUCAUAUGAAUACUGUAUUAUUUACUUGUAAUGUUGCUCCUCAAU